AGUCAGGAGCAGGCGGCGGCGCUGCGGCCGCGAGGGAGGGCAGCGAGAGCAGCAGGGCCGGACGAGGAUCCCCGCGCCAGCGCAGCCGGCUCUACCGCGGCGGCGUUCCGGCCGACGCUCGGGACCCUGCAGGCGGUGUCGCAGGGAGGCGACAACAGGUGUCCCUGGGGACGGUGCUUCCCCCGCCACCCCGCUCCGCCCCGAGUGAAACUGGGUCUUGGCGUUCCGCUCCACCUUCGGGGUGUCCGGAGACAGGACCCUUGCCUGGCCUCUCAGGCGCGCUGCCCGCUGGACAGCGCCCAGAGGCGGCCUGGACCCGGCAGACCCUGGCUUUGGAUGGAGUUUCCUCCGCGCGUUGCCAAGCAAUUUGCUGGACACCCGCCUCUUACUGGGUGAAGAAGAGUUGAAGAUGAGAGAGAUAGAGACAGAGAGAGAAUGAGAAUGUGCUGAAUCCUGGCUCUCCCUGAAAGAGGCGCCGCUUUCGUGCUGUGGUCUGUGCACAUUCACCAUCUGAACGAACUGGCUUUCUCAGCACUUUCUCUGCCAAAUGCCAGCCAGUGUAGUAGGACUAUCAGCAGCUUUCAAUCUGCCUGAACUUUGAAAUUUCUGCCCGGCAGAUUAGCCAGAGGCAAGAGGGACCAAUCUAUCUACGUUCUGAGCGCCACCCUCUACAAGACCCUCUUAACAGAGCCGAGGCCCAAGUUCACUGUGCUCGCAUUCCCCCACCCCAGACAUUACUCUGGGGUCUGCCUGAGGCCAUCAAUGUGAAGAUGACCAGUGCCUUCCUAGCAUGACGACCUUGGACCAUGUGAUCGCCACCCACCAGUCAGAGUGGGUCUCCUUCAAUGAGGAGCCACUCUUUCCUGUCCCUUCUGAGGGGGGCACGGAAGAGCACGUCCCAGCACCGUCGUCUUACUCAGACCAGUCUGAGAACUCCUCUGGGGAGAACCAUGUGGUGGAUGGAGGCUGUCAAGAUCUUUCCCACUCAGAGCAGGAUGACUCCUCUGAAAAGCUGGGUCUCAUCUCUGAAGCGACCUCCCCUCCUGGGAGCCCCGAGCAGCCCUCACCUGACCUGGCCUCGGCUAUCAGCAACUGGGUUCAGUUUGAAGAUGACACCCCCUGGGCCAGCACAUCACCACCUCAGAAGGAAACAGCCCUGCCACUGACCAUGCCCUGCUGGACGUGCCCUUCCUUCGACUCCCUGAGGAGAUGCCCUCUGACCUCCGAGAGCAGCUGGACCACACAUUCUGAAGACACCAGUAGCCCCAGUUUUGAUCCCUCAUACACAGACCUGCAGCUCCUCAGUGCUGAGGAGCAGAUGAGUGGCAAGGCUUCUCAGGCUGGCUCGACUGAUGAGAGGACGGAGUGGCAGACAGGCAGGCAGACGGCUGUGAGUCCUGUUCAAGCAUGCACGGAGCAUACCUCUACCUGCACCCGGGGCCUGGACCCCUCGCCACCCCUACCCAACCCCAGGAGGAGCCAGAGCCCCUGCGAGGGACCGGAAGGGGACUCUGUUCCCAAUGACAGUUCUUCCUCAGUCCAGGAAGAUGAAGAGGUAGAGAUGGAGGCCAUCAGCUGGCAGGCCAGUAGUCCAGCCAUGAAUGGACAUCCUGCCUCUCCAGUAACCUCUGCUCGUUUCCCCAGCUGGGUCACUUUUGAUGACAAUGAGGUCAGCUGCCCUUUGCCACCAGUCACCUCUCCCCUGAAGCCAAACCCACCACCUAUUGCAUCUGUGACCCCAGAUGCACCUCGUCACUCAGCUGGGUCAUUUAAGAAGAGGGAACGUCCCAAGAGCACUUUGAUGAACUUUUCCAAAGUUCAGAAACUGGACAUUUCAUCCUUAAACCAUCCGCCUUCCGUAACGGAGGCUCCACCUUGGAGGCCAACCAAUCCUUUCCUGAAUGAGACUCUGCAGGAUGUCCAACCCUCCCCUAUCAACCCUUUCACUGCUUUCUUUGAGGAGCAGGAGAGGCGCUCCCAGAACAAUUCCGUUUCCAGUGCCACAGGCAAGAGCCAAAGGGAUUCUCUCAUUGCCGUCUACCAGGAUGCCAUCUGUUUUGAUGACUCAAGCAAAACCCAGUCCCACUCUGAUGCUGUUGAAAAACUCAAGCAACUCCAGAUUGAUGACCCUGAUCAUUCAGGCAGUGCGACGCUACCAGAUGAUGACCCCAUAGCCUGGGUUGAACUAGAUGACCACCCACCUGGUUCAGCACUGUCCCAGCCCAGAGAUGGGUGGCCAAUGAUGCUAAGGAUCCCUGAGAAGAAAAACAUCAUGUCGUCUAGGCACUGGGGACCCAUCUACAUCAAACUAACAGACAGUGGUUACCUGCAGCUGUAUUAUGAGCAGGGUCUAGAAAAACCAUUCCGUGAGUUCAAGCUGGAGAUCUGCCAUGAAAUUUCGGAACCCCGGCUCCAAAACUAUGACGAGAAUGGCAGGAUCCACAGCUUACGAAUAGACCGUGUCAUCUACAAGGAGAAGAAGAAAUACCAGCCCAAACCUGCUGUGGCCCACACAGCAGAGAGGGAACAAGUGAUUAAGCUGGGCACCACCAAUUACGACGACUUCCUGAGUUUCAUCCGUGCCAUUCAGGACCGGCUUAUGAAUCUGCCGGUGUUGUCAAUGGACUUGAGCACAGUUGGCUUGAACUACCUGGAAGAGGAGAUUACUGUGGAUGUCAAGGAUGAAUUCUCUGGCAUUGUGAGCAAAGGAGACAACCAGAUUCUCGAGCACCAUGUCUUGACGCGGAUCCACAUUCUGAGUUUCCUCUCUGGGCUGGCAGAGUGCCGCCUGGGUCUCAACGAUGUCCUUGUUAAAGGGAACGAGAUAGUUUCCCGGCAAGACAUCAUGCCCACCACCACCACCAAGUGGAUCAAGCUCCAUCAGUGCCGUUUUCAUGGGUGUGUGGAUGAGGACAUAUUCAGCAGCUCACGGGUUAUUCUUUUCAACCCUUUGGAUGCCUGCCGCUUUGAGCUCAUGCGGUUCAGGACAGUAUUUGCAGAGAAGACCUUGCCUUUCACACUCAGGACGGCAGCAAGCAUCAAUGGGGCGGAGGUGGAGGUGCAGAGCUGGCUCAGGAUGUCAGCCGGCUUCUCCUCUAACCGAGACCCUCUCACUCAGGUUCCCUGUGAGAAUGUGAUGGUUCGAUACCCCGUGCCCAGUGAGUGGGUGAAAAACUUCCGCAGGGAAAGCGUCCUGGGGGAAAAGUCUUUAAAAGCCAAAGUGAACCGGGGGGCGAGUUUUGGCUCAGCCAGUAUGUCUGGCUCUGAACCUGUCAUGAGAGUAACUCUGGGAACUGCCAAGUAUGAACAUGCCUUCAACUCCAUUGUGUGGAGGAUAAACCGACUGCCUGACAAAAACUCAGCUUCUGGUCACCCUCACUGUUUCUUCUGCCACCUUGAACUUGGCUCUGACCGGGAAGUGCCUUCCAGAUUUGCCAGUCACGUGAAUGUGGAGUUCAGCAUGCCCACAACUUCUGCCUCCAAAGCCGCUGUAAGAUCCAUCUCCGUGGAAGACAAGACUGACGUCAGGAAGUGGGUCAAUUAUUCCGCACACUACAGCUACAAGGUGGAAAUUGAGCAGAAAAAGAGUUUGAAGCCAGAUUUUGAAGGAGAUGAAAUGGAAAAUCCCAAGGAGUGUGGGGUCCAGUGAUGAAGCCCUUUUGCAGGGGGGGCCUGACCCAAGCAUCAUGACAGGAUGUCUUCCUGAGCAGCUGGAGUUCAAGGCAGUACCUACCAUGGCUACUCCUUACUGGAACAGUAUGUUGGACUUUCCUGUUUGUGGUUACCUGUAAUCUCACAGGAAACCUUGAGGUGACUGCUUUGGAGAGACUCUGAUAUGCCUGAAGCAGGUGGUUUCCCUGACUUCUGGAGCUUGUUGUCUAAUUAAGCCUCCUUCUCUUUGCUCUGUUGAUCUCGUAGCUCUUGAGUGUGGCUUGUUGUGACUACUGGAGUUAGGAAGAGAACCUUCCACAUCAGUGUUGGCAGGAUUUCCUUCUGGUGUUCAUCUGUCACUUCCAUGAUUUUCUAGAAAACACAGUCUUGAGAAUCCCCCUCUGUCAUGCCCUCUAGAAAAGGUUCAGAAGAGGUACAAAACAUAUUUCCUUUUUGGGUCUACUAGGCCUUUGGUACAUGUCUCUAUUCUUGCAAUGUUAAUGCUAUGCAACAGAAGUUUUCGAGACAUUUCCCUCCUGGUUUGGGAUCAUUUUGAUGAAAACACUUUUUCCAUCUCUCUAGUCCCAGGGUUCACCACCCUGAGUCACAGUAGACAAUGGAAAAAGGCACAACAGGAUACUUUUUUAUUCUGUGAUUAGCCCCAUAUUCGGCAAAGGGUGGCUAUGAAAGGGAAAGCAAAAUUGAGCUUAGUUUUCUUCAUUCUGGGGGAAAAGAGACAUUAAUUAUAAGAUUAUAUUCAAUUCAGGAGACAUUUUCAAUCUCAAUGAAUUCCCAAAUUCACACUGAAAAACAUUGGCCAUUUCCGAUUCCUGAAACAAAUGGAUAUAUGGAUAUAUAUAUAUAUAUAUAUAUAUAUUAUACCUCAGGCAUUUGUCAGGAGCACUUGGGAGCGCUUUUUAUACCUCAAGCCUAUAGACAGUUGCAUGUCUCUUUGACUCAGACUUUACAUGGAAUAUAAGUGGAAAAGAUCAUUUUAAGAGCUGUUUUAAAACUGAACUUAUAUGAUCUUUUCCCUAAAAUUCAGAGUUCGAUAUUCAGAGUAUUGUAACAGAUCUACAAGGCAGAAGUCUCUAGGGUAGAAAUGGGGGAAAGCCAUAUUUUUCUAAUGUUGAGAAUAUUAGUCCCAGUCCCAAGAAUGUAGGACACUCAAUUUUCUUUCUCUUCAUAUGGUCCCAUUUACAUUCUGUACCUCCACUUCUUACUUGUAUCUUGAUGUUUUCUUACCACACACGGACCUAUAUCGGCCAUCCCAAAUGGGACACCUGCCCAACAAUUUAUAGGUAGGCUCUAAAUGCCUGUUUCUCCCAUGAAGAAUACAGUGAGGGGACAGAAGCAUGCUUGUCAGAUUUGUCAGAUGACACAGAGAAAUAAAUGAUAUAUCCUGUUUCAACUGGCAGAUUUAGGAUUAAUUUAUUCAAUGAAUAUUCAUUGAAUUAUAACUAUGUACUGACACUAGAAUAUAGACAUCACCAUUAUUUUAAAAUACCUGAACAUAAGACUGAAACUAAAAGGAUGAAAUUCAGUAGGCAUUAGUAAGAAACUAUAUUCUAGUUGCUUAAAUGCAACCCUCUAAAUACAGAGAGGUGGUGGGAAGGGUCCUGAAAAGUCCUGGUUUCAUAGCAGUUCACGUCAAAAUAGGAGUUCGUUGUUGAAUCAGGAGUGUAUCAUGAUUAUUCACAAAGUCAGUGCGUCAGCCUGUGGUAACAAAAGCCCAGGGAGCCCUGCAUGCUGCAUUGGUCAGUCCACUUCUGGAUGGAAGGCUGAGUUCCAUUCUGGGUACCAUAUUUUAUGAAAGACAUUAAUAAAUUGUGUCCAGAGGCAGGUGAUCAGGGUUGUGAAGGGUCUGAUGAUAUAAGGAGCAGGGGAAUAGAAUAGGAGAGAACAAAAUAAUAUCGCUGCCUUGAAAUUUCUGUUGAGUGUUAAUAAAAAGGAGAGGAAUUAGACUUACCCUGUGUAAUUUCAAAGGGCAAAAAUAGGAACAAAGAGGAACUUUCUAGAUGACAGAUGUUUGCUUCAACAUAAAGAAUUUUCUAAUAAGAGUGGUUCUAAAGAGGAAUAGACUUGAGCGGUAAAAUUUCCGGUUGUGGCAAAUGCCCAAACAAAGGUUAAAAUAACCAUCAGUCCCAGAUGCUAUGAGAGGGACAUUGGAUUUGGGCUGGAUGGCUACCAAGAUCCCUUCUGCAUAUAGGUUCAUCUCAGUAGUAACAGGACUCUCUAACUCUAGUUGUUUUUUCUUUGGUAAGUGGUUUUGUAUGCUCUUUGAAAUACAGUGGGGCUCCCUGGAGGUCUUUGUCAAGUGAGGCAUAGUCCUUCCCCUGUUGUAUGAGAGACACAUGAGAUUCCUCAUAAAAACAUCAAGGUGGACUGAAGAGCUGGCAAGGUGAAGGUCAUUCUGGCACCUUCCUUACUUAGGGUUAGUGCCUGUGCACCCUCUCAAGAUCUCUGCCUCACCUGCUAGCGCGUGUGUAUUGCUUAUUGAAACUUUUCCCCCCACCAUAGUUAAUUCUCACUGCCUUUGUGCUUUUACCUGGGCUUUUUUUUUUUUUUUUUUUUUAAACCAACGCUUGGGAAAAUCCCUUCCAUGCUAUCUACAUCAACAAGCAAAUUAUUAUUAAUUAAAAAAAAAACUAUCACCUUGAUUUCAUCAAAUUUGCUUUCCCACUCGUAUUUUUGGGAAACUAAUUAUGGGUAGCAUUUAGGGGUUUGGGAAAUACAAUACUAUAUAUGUUAGGCCUAGUGUUUUGUUAGUAGGCUACCUAGAAAACACAGUUAGGAAAAUUGCCUUUUUGGUGUGCGAAUUCUAAGUUUGCCUCUGGACCUGGAUUGUGUUUAUGUGUGGUCACAAAAAUCCUUGUCUGUGUUAGCAAUAAUGUGAAAUGAAAAGUAAGUUCAUUUUACCAAUACAUAGUAUUAUUAUUAGAACAUAAAUUAGAUGUCACAUGAUAUUAAGAGCUAUGCUUUCUUCUGAGUCCAGUGGCUUGCUUUGUGACUUUAUUGUAAAAGAGGAUAAGAAAUGUACUCAUUAUGAUAGGUCAAAGGAGAAUGAAGUUAAGAUAUUUGGGGGGGGGGCAUUAAAAACCCUCUUUGCCACUCUUACAAACAUAAUACUAGUUAUUUCUUAUCAAAGUUUUGCAUUUCACUUAUAUUAAAUAUUAUCAUUUUUUUUUCUACUUGGGUCUUUCCUCGCUCUCAGCAUUCCUGCAUUAUUGGCAGGACUCAGAACUCUUGAGAACUUUUUUUAUGUAAUGUAUUUCUAUUUGAAAUGGGACUAAUUUCUAUUCAAAUCCAGUGGGUGAGAGCAAGAGUUUAUUUCCCUAGAAAUCAGUGCCCCCAAGAAAUAUGAUCCAUGAUGGCAAAGAAUGUAUCUUGUUCUUUGUUUCCUGUACCUAGGACAAAGCUUGGGAGUAUAAUAGGUUUCAGCCACUUUAAAUCCUUGCUGAUAGGACAAACAUAUAUUAAUGAAAUACAAGGAAGUUAUUAGGGGAUGCCUGGCUGGCUCAGUUGAUACUGCAUGCUGCUCUUGAUCUCAGAGUCCUGAGUUCCAGCCCCACGUUGGGUGUAGAGCUUACUUAAAAAAAGAGAGAGAGAGAGAGAGAGAGAGAAAUUAUUAGGUAUUCAGUAAGUGCUGAAUGAACACUGACCCUGGAACUCUACGAUACUUAACCCUUACUUAUCAUCAGAUACUUAUAUUAAAGCAAGCAAGCAUGCUUUAUUUCGUGGAAGACUUUUUUUUUUUUAUUCCUGCUUCCCCUGUCAACCAAUAGCUGUCAGCACUUAACAUGCAGUUGAAUUUAAACUACAGUUUACUUUACUCAUAUUGAAAAACAUUUUUGUGCCCAAAAUAAAAUAGCACAGAUGUUAUCCAUAGUGAAGAUAUUGACUCAAUUUUAUUUCUUCAAGCCAGAUCUUGAUCAGACAGAUCUUGCCCAUUUGAAUAGCCAGCAGGAGAAGAAAGCAUGGCCGGUCUUGAUGUGUGAGGUCCUUGUUCUCCCCCAACAGUAAGCACUGACCAACAUUACUGGGUACCUCCUUUGUCACCCUAUGAAGAUGGAGGUCAGAGAGUAAGAAUGAAAUUUGUGAAAUGAAAUCAUGAUUUCACGGCUGCCUUCAGUCUCAUUAUAAGAUUAGUGGUAGGAAAGCACAGGAUGAUCUGAUUCUUUUUUUCUUAAAAGCCUUGGGAAUAUUAAAUUAAUUUGAGUAGGAAGCACUGCCACCUCGCCUACUUUUAGAAUUCUCCCACAUUUAGAAUUUCUCCCACUUGAGGCUGAUAACUUUAACUCUUCUACAAACAGUGAUCAUGGUUAAUUCUAGCAUUUCUAGAGUUUAGGUCAUGUUAAGAAUGCAGUUUACCAAAAAAUUUUAACAAAACUGACCCAAAAGAUUGUACCCACCAAAAAAUAUCAGCUAGUAUAAGCAAAUCAUCUUUAACACCUUAUACCAAGUCCCAUCCAAACUAUGACCACUCUUUAUUCAACAUCAGCCGUGGCAUUCUCACCAGAUUUUAAAGAUGUUUCCUAAACAUUACCACUAUUUAAGUGCCAAUUCCCUACAAAUCACCAUUUCUUCAUCAUUUUAUAGUUGUGCUAUUUGUAAAUGAAACUUGCUUUGGAUAUUGUGACUUGUAUUUAUGUAUUUAAGGAAUUAAAGGUGAACAAGAUUAGAAAAUAAACGUAUCAGUAAUAUUUUCCCAUGUAUUAACUAAAAGAAGGACUAUGUAAUUUUCACAUUUCUUCUAGUGUGCCUUAGCGAAUCUGCUUGAGAGUCUAGUUUCUUGUUUUUCUUUUAAGAAUUGAAGGGGUGGAGGAAACACAACUCUGAACUUGGAAUUCCAGAUCUGUAAAGACAGAAAUUAUCCAUAAUAAUGUAUUUGGUACCUGGACAGAGGAAAACAAUAACUGUGUAUACUGAACAGCUAUAAAAGAACAGACUCAAAAAUUAGAAUUUCAGUAUGAAAAGACUAAGUGUAGAGAGGUGACAAAUAGAGCACUGGCCACCAAACCUCAAAAUACUUGAACUAGAGAGCAUCCCUUAAAGGAAGGAGCUCUAGGAAAAAUAAAAGAUUAUGUGGUGGGGCUAAACAGUAGAAUGAUUUCAGUUCAAAUAUUUAUCAAGUGUCUACUCUGGUCCAAGUUCCGUGCAGCCAGCUUCCUUAAAAGGAGGUAAGGUCAAAGUCAAGGACACUGAGCAUUGUUGAUGUGAAGUCAUUGGAGGGAUUGCCCUUUAUCAAGGGAAAAUUAGAGUUUCUAUGAAGCUUUGAAGGGCAUAGUCAUGGAGACAAUCACCAUGUGAAGUAACUUGCUGUUUUCACAACUGGACCUCAGCAACCUCAGCUAAAAAACUGAAAAAGCUGAACUAAUGGUCCCUGCCAGCUCCAGUUUUAUGGAUUAUUUUAUAAAAGAGCCUUUGGUGCCAUUGUUAAUGAUACUUCAUGUCUGUAGGACUCUUCAUGUAGUCUCAAGAACCAAUAUCAGCUGGCCCAUCUUUUUCCUUUUUAUGUCUCUAUCCUUUACUGUCUGCCCAGACGACAAACACAGAAAACUCUGCAGUCCUCUGUUUUGUAGCUGGAGGAUCAAAAGGAUGGUGGCCAUCAGCAAGAACAGUGCUCUGUAAGUUCUACCUGCAUCACCCAGCACAACAGGGCUGUGAGUGUGAGGAGGAACAGACCAGACAGGGCUCCAAAAUGGGUGUUGGGAUUUGGGGAUUACUUGAAGCAAACGUAGGUCUAACCCUCCAAGGUACUGAGGGGCCACAUUAGGAUGAUCUAUGAUUUAUAGUUAUGUCCUUUUACACAAAAGACCGCAGAAAUUGAGGGAGGAAAAAAAAAUGCUCCGUAAACAUUCUGGGACUAUUUGUAAAACAGUUAUGGCAAAGUGAGAUGAGAGCAAGGGUCAGUUCUCUCUAUCCUCACUGUCUAUUAGUCACAUGAAAAUGUAGUUAAAAAUUUUUUUAAACAUCCAGAAGCCACAAAAUACCAUCUCUUUUGUGGUCUAUGUUAGUAUGAUUUUAGUUUCUUAUACUUAGAAUGGGGUCAAAUGUAAAGGCUCAAUUCAAACUGGACCGAGCACGGAAUUUUAGCAUCCUCUUCCUGGUCAGUCCCAUGUGCCUCAGAUCAAACCCUCAGUGCCGGUCAUGGACACCAUCUAGCCACGGUCAUCUUGCCUCCAUGUGCUUCAGGAUCAGCAACCCCAGGUAGUAUCCAAUGCAAGUAGAUCUGGGAAAGCAGAUGUGCACAGACCUGGACCAAAGGGUUGAAGGGUUUUGAAGUCAAAGGUGAAAGGGAAGAUUUUUGAGUUCCUCUAACCCUAAGCCAGCAUUCACUUGACCUUUGUGUCCACCUGCCAACAGAACCUGGAGAAAACGUAACCAUUUGCAAGAAAAUAAACAGAAUCAGUGUUUUAGCCCGGGGAGUGUGAUAAAAGAGCUCUCCUGCUGACCCUCCACUUUUGUAAUGUCCAUCAGUGAAUUUCAAUCUGUCAGGAUGGAGAGACCCAAGAUCUAAUGAGUGAUUCAGCUGAUCCAAGGCUUGUAUUUCCUUCCUUCAUCAUCCACCCUCAUUUGGUGUAACUUCUUGUACUAGUGUGAUUAAUUUUAUGUCAAACCAGUUUACUUUUUUUAAAAGAAAAAGAAUAUGUGCCUAUGUAAUAAAGUCUACACACUGGCUAACUUUAUAGAGGUAAGGUUCUGUUUUUUAUUGUUCUGCUGAUUAUUGUCUGUAAUACCCUUUUUUUGAGCUAUGAAAACAAGCUAUUAAUAAAUCUUUUUAAACACAA